UAUGCUCAUACAACUGCAUUGCUGAAUGAAACAUUAUAAUACGCCUCUUACUGAAAGCAUAGGCGCCGUUAGAGCAACUUCGUAACGUCAUGUGCGAUGGCUACUUCCUUGAAGCAGGCAGUCCAUAAGAACCUAGAGUGUCCUGUCUGCCUGAGCUUCUUCAAGGAUCCCAAGAACUUGACCUGCUCACAUACCUUCUGCAAGGGUUGUCUUGAGACUCUCCUGGAAUCUCAUUGGAACAAUGACGUCCUGUUGUGUCCUACGUGCAGGAGGGAGACUUCGGUUCCUGGUGGGAACUUGAGUGGACUGCAAUCGAACAUAACAGUCAGAUCACUUGUUGAAGAUGUGAAGACCCAGGGCAAUUUCAACUGUAACAAAGAGGAAAAAUCAGUGCAAGAAAAAUGGGAAAAAUGUAAAAAACAUCCGAGUUACGAUGAAGAAUGCUUUUGUCUUAACUGUACCCAAUAUGUCUGCUGCAAGUGUGCCAUAUUAGAGCAUGUAAAGAAUGCUCACACUAUCCUGGAAGCAGGCGUACAUGAAACUGAGCAAAAGAAUCACGUCAAGGAACUUGCACCUAAAGCGGAUGCAAAGAUAGGCGACGUUGACAAGCAUAUUACAGUCGUUGAAGACCAACGUGAAAGGGUGCAAUACGUACAGGAACAACUCAAGGAUGAAAUGGAUGAGAGUUUUGAGAAAUCUGUUCAGAAGUUGAAGAAAAAAGAGACGGUGUUGGAAAAUGAAGUUGGGCUCAAGCUAGGUGAACCUAAGACUUCAUUAGGAGACAUGGAGGAGUCGGGUCGUAAUCAGAUAGACAAGAUUAAGGAGGUUCGGGACUUGGUUAAGAGUGGUCUUAAGUUUCCUCUCCAGACAGGAGCUCUGACCUCAUAUAGAGCAAUGGGUCCACAGCUGGAAGAGCUUCUAAUCCGGAUUGGGCCAGAUGAGGAGCUGCCCAGAAGAACUGCUGAUGAAGGUGAAAGAAUUGGCUUCAGGAGUACCGGGGAUCGAAUGGACUCCAGUUGGGCCACCUAAGACAAAGGAAGUCCAAAUGGGUUCUGCGCAAGGAAGAUCCGCUGCCUGAUGAAAAAAGCAUGAGCGGGAUGGUAAUAUCAUCAAACAAUGAGAUGGCUGUUGGUUGUUGGAACGGAGGAAUAGCCAUAAAUACUUCUGAGGGCAUCAUACAAUAUACCGUUGGGAAAUCUGUUGAAGUUCGUGCCUUACACUUCAUGUCUGAUGGUGGAUACGUCAUACGCGACACUAAUAACAUAAUUUCCUUUUACACAGAGCUUUUUGAACAGCUUGAUGUAACGUUUGAGACAGUGGGUGUUGUGAACGGUACAAUUAGCGGUCUCACUGCAGAC